AUGCGAGAGAGCUGCAAGCAGCUUCUUACAGAAACAAUGGAGAAAUCCGUCAUUCGGACUGAUGGCGCUCCUCUUGAUCCUGGUGUUCCCUCACAAGUCGUUAUUCCUGCUUGGCUCGGACUUGGUUCCGAUGAGCUUACUUUGACCAAUUGCCAAAUUGCAAUUGUCGAUUUUGGAGAGGCAUAUGACCCUUUGGUUACAAAACGAACUUCCACUCAUACACCAAUUAUAUUGGCACCACCAGAAGCUCGUUUCUUAGACUCCGAAAAUGGGGAAUAUCUCUCCUUCUCAAGUGACAUAUGGUCAUUAGCGUGUGUUAUCUGGCAGCUAUUUGGUGAUGGUCCACUUUUCCAAACAUUCGCUGGUACUUGGGAAGAACUUACGAUUGAACAUGUUGAAGUCUUUGGUAAACUUCCUGAUCGAUGGUGGAACAAGUGGUCUACCAGAAGUGAUUGGUUUGACGAUGAUGGAACGAAAAAUGUGAAGAAAGAAAAGUACCGCCCUUGGCAUGGAUUUUAUGAGACCUGGGAGAAACGCUUUCCAAAAUAUAUUCGGCAAGCACGAGACCGGCCAACUCUGAAUGUUGGAUUAUGGUCGGCGGAGGAACAAGAGGCAUUUGGGGAGAUGAUGAAAAUGAUGUUGGUUUUUGAACCAAGUAAAAGGGCUACGAUUGAGGAAAUAUUGCAGUGUGACUGGAUGCAGCAGUGGGGAUUUCCUGAAUUUCAAAGAAUGCAGGAUGCAAUGAGAGCAGAUAGUACCCCCUUAGAGUAG